CAACUCGAUCUCACGUCUGUACCACUUGCAACACAACUGACAUUUUGGUAAGGGAAGAACUGCAGAUGCUAUCAAACUUUCCAAGUCUAUUCAUGGGAGGUUGGUUGGAAGUUGGAUCUUGGGGGGAGGAAGAAGACGACGGCCGACAGGUGACUCCCCUGGAAGAGGACAAGUAGGUCCGCGUCCGAGCGUCCUUAACCAAUCGCCCGCUUCACCUACCCUCUCUUUUUUUCACAAAAAUCCCACCUCACCCGGACGAACGAGCGCAUACUUAACUCUUCUCUCUCUCUCCCAUCAACCUCUAACUCGAGCCCGGAACAGAGCCCAUGGCAGCAACCACGAAUCCGUUCUCUGUUUCCGUCUCAUCCAAACCAACCGGGGGCUCCGCUUUCCCUAAACCCAACGACUCGGCCGACUUCUUCCUUCGCGUUCAGAACCCUCUUAACACGGUCUCCCUCCGGUCUUCGUUUGUUUCUCCGGGUUCGACCGAGUUGAGUUUGAGCCGGGGAGGGGGUUCGGUGACGAGUGCGAAACGAGGAGCGAGGUCGGCGAGGAUACGCGCUAGUUUGGCUGAGGUUAUGGACCAAUCAGUGGCUAAGAAAGAUCCUAUAGCUCCAACAACUGUGGACGUCGAUUUGGGCGACCGCAGCUACCCGAUUUACAUCGGAUCGGGACUUCUUGAUCAACCUCACCUUCUGCAGAGGCAUGUUCAUGGGAAGAGAGUUCUUGUGGUCACUAACGACACAGUAGCACCCCUCUACCUGAAUAAGGUUGUUGAAGCUUUAACUAAGGGAAACCCAAAUGUAUCAGUUGAGAGUGUUAUUUUACCAGAUGGCGAAAAAUACAAGCAGAUGGAUACUCUUAUGAAAAUCUUUGACAAGGCCAUUGAGUCACGAUUGGACCGACGUUGUACAUUUAUUGCCCUUGGAGGUGGCGUGAUUGGUGACAUGUGUGGCUUUGCUGCUGCGUCCUUUCUCCGUGGUGUUAAUUUCAUUCAGAUUCCUACAACAGUGAUGGCUCAGGUGGAUUCCUCUGUUGGUGGCAAAACUGGGAUAAACCAUCGCCUUGGGAAGAACUUGAUUGGAGCCUUUUACCAACCUCAAUGUGUACUUAUAGACACAGACACAUUGAACACGUUGCCUGAUAGGGAACUGGCAUCGGGGCUUGCUGAGGUUAUAAAAUAUGGGCUUAUCAUGGAUGCUGAAUUUUUUGAGUGGCAGGAGAAGAAUAUGCAGGCAUUAAUGGCUAGGGAUCCCAGUGCACUGACUUAUGCUAUAAAACGGUCAUGUGAAAACAAGGCCGAGGUCGUGUCCCUAGAUGAGAAGGAAAGUGGACUGAGGGCAACACUGAACUUGGGACAUACAUUUGGCCAUGCAAUAGAAACUGGGUUUGGCUAUGGACAGUGGCUCCAUGGAGAAGCUGUUGCUGCUGGCACGGUCAUGGCUGUUGACAUGUCAUAUCGUCUUGGUUGGAUUGAUGAUUCUAUUGUGAAGCGAGCCCGCGACAUUCUACAGCAGGCUAAGUUGCCUACUACUCCUCCCAACACCAUGACUGUGGAAAUGUUCAAGUCUGUUAUGGCGGUUGAUAAGAAGGUAGCUGAUGGGCUACUGAGGCUGAUACUUUUAAAAGGUCCUCUAGGCAAUUGUGUUUUUACCGGUGAUUAUGAUAGAAAGGCCCUGGAUGAAACACUCCGUGCAUUUUGUAAGUCCUGACUCAAUAUCUGAAGCUGCUUUUGGUCUCAGCUGUGUGCAAUUUUUCUAUUUGUACUCCUGGUCUUCCUAAAGUCCGUCGGCAAGAGCUUUACCAAUUUGUAAUUUUAAGUGUAGCAUGUUUAAUAAUUCAUUUCUGUGUAUUCAUAAUUCAUUAGUCAGUUA